CCACACACGUCUUUAAAAACAGCCUUGAGAUGCUGCAGCAAGUUUUGCGCGUUAAUUGGCGCUCCUUGUUUUGACCGGGCAGGUCCUUGUGGUUUAAUUUGUCUCCCCAGCUCUUCGGUGUUGUCCUGCUAAAUUUUAAGCAACGUUAGCAUCAAAACGUUUUUACAUUUUUUUUUUUAUCAACGCACGACAACUGCCGGAGAAAUGACAGACUGGAAGACACAGGUGAGUUACAACUACAACCCCGCUUACCAUGCCUACGCCUACGGCCUCAUGUACCAGCCCGGGCCCGAGCAAAAUCACGGGAACCUGGCCGGCUGGGGCGAUGCCGGAGUCACGGAUUUGAGUAACUACAGUCCCGGGGUGACCCAGGCCCACUACGCCGCCACCGCCAGGACCCGGGAAGAGUCUCCGCCUCACAGCCCGGAGCAGCACGCCGUGAACGGCCACUGUCACUACCAGGGCUCCGGUCUUGUCUACCUCGGUGACACCCAGGCAGGCCGUCUGCUCCUGGCCGGACAGCACCGUGCCGCCUAUGAUACGCGGGCUGAUGAGGCCAGGCGGGCCGGGAGCGACUCGACCAGUGACUCGGAGGCGCACACCUCCCCAGAUUCAUGGAGUUCUGGCAGCAGCAGAGAAGGAAGUCUCCCUCAGGCAGACCCUGCCACAUGGGCGAAGAAAGAUCUUGACGACGAGGCAAACAGCAGGAGUCCAGAUGCCGGCGAGGAUGUAACCAGCUCUCUCAUGGAGGAGUCACGGACCUUUGCUGUCACAGGGAACGAGAGCACCAACAACACCACCUCUCUACAUGUACCCUACCUUGCCCCAAAGAAGCCAAGCACUACUACUACUGUAAAUAACGCUAAAGGGAAGGUCCGGACUGCCUUCUCAGAGAGUCAGAUGAAUGCUCUUGUUCAGCGCUUCAGUGUGCAGAGGUACCUCACCCCAGCUGAAAUGAAGAACCUGGCAGACCUCACAGGGCUGACCUACAAACAGGUGAAGACUUGGUUUCAGAAUCGAAGGAUGAAGCUAAGAAGGCACCAGAAAGACACCAGCUGGGUGUCUGAGCGCUACACGGCCAACAAAGGCAGCCCAAUUCAUGGAACCAUCUUCACCAACAUCCCCACACAUAUUCCACCUGGUGAGGCCAGGCCCCAGCUCAGGGAGCAUUACAACCAGCACGUGAUGGAGGCAGCCUUUAAGAAGACUGCUCCUCAGAAUCUGGCCUUCUAUCUGGCUGCUAUGGGCAGCACUCCAGGAUCUGCUGGCUAUCCCUCCUGGUCCUCCAGCACAUCCCAGAAUGCAGUGCCCCCCAGGCCCCAGGCAGCUGGCUGGUCCAUGCCCCCAGGCGUCAGCCAUUAUGAAUUCAAUCCAACUAGCAACGCUGAACAUGACACAAGCUUUGAUGGAAAAGAUGGGAAGCCUGUCAACAGCCGGGGUUCCCUAAAUACAGCCAUUGUAUAAAAUGCCAGCCAGUAGUACCUGUUGGAGCUAUGGGCAUAUAAGCUUUUCUGUAAAUGUUACCCAACAGCCAUGUUUAUAUUCUUCUUUUUCAAGUUUCCUGACUGUAACUGGGGGCUUUUUUGUCAGGCUGGGUGUACAUAUGCCUUGUUCAUACUCCUGUUCAAAAGUUUUACUUUUUUAUCUUGAAGUUUUAUUUUUAUAUGCAACUAUUUAAUGUAUGUUGGUGUGUUCUUUGUGCUUGGUGAUACUAGAUGGGUCCAAGUUGGAUGAAUUCUUUGUAUUACAUUGUUUUUUGGAACCAUUUGAAGUACUGAUAUAGAUCUUGCACACAUUUCAAUGCAUUUUUUUUCUACAAAUACAGCUUCACUUAGUAACUUC